UCCCUCGGCCCGCUCCGUAGCGGCGCUGCGAGGGGCGGGGCUAGAGGCGGGGGUGAAGGCCCGGAUGCGGAAGUGGCCGCUUCUUUCUACCCGCAGGCCGCAGCCGUUGGAGCCAGCGGAGCCGGCCCGGAGCCAUGCCUCGCAAGAUUGAGGAGAUCAAGGACUUCCUGCUGACAGCCAGGAGGAAGGACGCCAAGUCCGUCAAGAUCAAGAAGAACAAGGACAAUGUGAAGUUCAAGGUGCGCUGCAGCCGCUACCUCUACACACUGGUCAUCACCGACAAGGAGAAGGCCGAGAAGCUGAAGCAGUCCCUGCCCCCAGGUUUGGCCGUGAAGGAGCUGAAAUGAACCGUUUCUGUCCGGAUUUCUUCACAUUCGUUACAAUAAAAAUUAAAUCUUUUGUG